AUGGGCUCUUUCGCAGGCUUUCUGUACAGACAGGUCACCAGCAAGCCCAAGCCCCUGGCGGCUUCAGUGCGCCUCGACGGUCAGACAGCGCUCAUCACCGGCGCCAACGCGGGCCUGGGCCUCGAUGCGGCCAAGGAGCUCGCCGCGCAUGGCCUGAAACGCCUCAUCAUUACUGCGCGCGAUGCCGCCAAGGGCCAGGCGGCAAAAGAGGAGAUACUUAAGGCCACGCCUGGUGUCGAGGUCGAGGUCUGGUCUCUGGACUAUGACUCGUUCCAGAGCAUUACCGACUUUGGCAAGCGCAUCGCUGAUGUGGAUCGGCUUGAUAUCGCCAUUCUGAAUGCGGGCGUCAAGUUUGUCGAUCGCGUCAUAUCCAAGACGGGCCAUGAGGCGCAUAUUCAGGUCAACCACCUGGGUACGGCCCUCAUUUCCACCUACGUGCUCGAGCCGCUGGAUCGCACCGCCAAAAGCGUCGGCAAGCCCGCUCGCCUUACCAUUGUCUCUUCCGAAAACCACUUCUGGGCCAAGUUCCGCGAGCAGAGCGCGCCCAACAUCCUUCAGGCGCUCGACGCCAACGAGGAGUGCUUCAAGGGCAAGGACAAGAGCAACAUUGAGCGCUACAGCACCAGCAAGCUCCUCAACGUAUUCUGGAUGCGUGAGCUCAACACACGUGCUGCCAAGCUGAAUCUCGACGUCAUCAUCAACACAGUUAACCCCGGUUUCUGUGACAGCAGCCUGCAUCGCUCGGAUGAGUCGGCGCGCAGCGCUGUCAAGCUUAUUGCGUGGACCUCGGCACAGGGCGCGUCUGUUAUUACUGAUGCGGCCACCAGGCAUCCUACCGACCGCGGCGCGUACCUGAGCGACCAGCAGGUCAAGAAGGCAUCUCCCUUUGUUCUGUCUCAGAAGGGUGCGGACGUUCAGCACAAGCUCUGGAAGGAGACUGUCGCCGUGCUGAGAACUGAGGCACCCCCUGCUGAGAUGCUCGAGACGCUCGACAAGCAGUAG